UAAACGCAACAAUGGGUCUAAUGUCAGGCUUCUAGUUGACAAUGAUUAACCUGCCAGCGCUCACCGAGAGGUUAAAGAGCAUUUCCAGGGCCGAGGAUUCACUCAGCGAGAAGGUUGUGAGCGGAGAAGAGGCUCGUCUGCAACUGAUCCAACCGCCGGCGGCCUGGCGUUUCCACAAGAAUGGACGAGUUUGUCGGUUUAAAUCCCAGAGAAGUUGUGCAGCGAGUGUCGGCCUCGCUGGGCUGCAGUCCAACAUCUGCACAAGUCGCUGCUUACUUUGACAAACACGACAAGCUGCGGCACCUCAGGGACCAAUUCCUGGUGCCUAAAAUUGCAGAUUUGCCUCCCUCUGAUCUGUCGUUGGUCGACGGCACCCAGGAAUGCAUCUACCUGGCAGGAAAUUCUCUUGGGCUUCAGCCCAAAAUGGCCCAAAAGUACCUGGAGGAGGAGCUGGAGAAGUGGGCCAAAAUGGGCGUCCACGGCCACACACUGGGCUCUCGUCCUUGGGCCUGGGCGGAGGAAAACAUCGAGGGGCUCAUGGCGAAUGUUGUCGGAGCUAAAACUGAAGAAGUGGCUCUGAUGAACGGCCUGACAGUGAAUUUACACCUUCUAAUGCUUGCUUUUUACAAACCCACCGCAGCUCGACAUAAAAUCCUCCUGGAGAACAAAGCUUUUCCCUCAGAUCACUACGCCGUCGAGUCUCAGAUCCGCCUACGAGGAUUCGACCCUCAGCAGAGCAUGUUGCUGCUGUCGCCCAGACCGGGAGAGGAAACUCUGAGAACUGAAGACAUCCUGGAGGUCAUUGAGAAGGAAGGCGACUCCAUCGCCAUGGUGAUGUUCAGCGGCGUUCAGUAUUACACCGGCCAGCUGUUCAACAUGGCCGCCAUCACUGAGGCUGGCCAGCGGAAGGGUUGUUACGUCGGAUUCGAUUGCGCCCACGCAGCAGGAAACGUCGAGUUGAAGCUGCACGACUGGGGCGUCGACUUCGCCUGCUGGUGCUCCUACAAGUAUAUAAACUCAGGUGCUGGGGGUCUCGCGGGAGCUUUUAUCCACGAGAAGCAUAAACAGACCAUCAAACCAGCGCUUACGGGAUGGUGGGGACACGACCUGAAAACUCGGUUCCAGAUGAGUAACGAGCUGGAGCUGCAGCCCGGAGUGAACGGCUUCAGACUGUCCAACCAGCCCAUACUGCUGGUCUGCCCCCUGCAGGCCAGUUUGGAGGUGUUCAACAUGACCAGCAUGCAGGCGCUGCGCAGGAAGUCCCUCCUACUGACCGGAUACCUGGAGUAUCUGAUCCAGCACUACUACAGCGAGGACCCGACCCGACCCCAGAAACCUCACGUCCGCAUCAUGACGCCUUCGGACCCUCAGCAGAGAGGCUGCCAGCUCUCGCUCUCCUUCUCCAUCCCAAUCAGGAGAGUCUUCCAGGAGCUGGAGAGGAGAGGAGUCGCUUGCGACAUGAGGGAGCCCAGUGUGCUGCGAAUCGUUCCGGUGCCGCUCUACAACUCCUUCAGCGACGUCCACCGCUUCAUCCAAACCCUGGGAGCAGCCCUCGCCGCCAGCAACCAAUGAGAGGAGAGCACUGAGUACCACCUGACUGUGACUCCUGCAGACAGAGAAGAUUUUCAGCUCUUCAUGUUCCACAUAAAGACAGUAUAUUAAUGGUGAUAUCUUGGAAAGUUCACCUUCUGCCUCACUGAGCCUCCGAAACCUCAUUGUCUUCAACGAUUGUUUUUAUUUUUGUCUGCUGCAAAUAUUCCACAUGAAUUGGCUGAAAUAAAGCAUUUAUUCUCCACCGGUUUACAGUCAAGCUGAAAACACUUCAGGGUGGUUGGAGAACUCAAACGUUUCCUUUGUCUUCUUUCAAGACUUUUUUUUUCUUUGGCUCCUUUAAAUCAAAAGACAGUCUUAUAAUUAUAAAAUCUAGAUGAGAAUUAAAUCUUAGUUUAACCCAAAUGUCCUUCAAAUAGACUAAGUUUAUGUUGCCUCAAUAUUAAAUUAGUAAUUUAUGAUUGAAAAACAGGAUAUUUUUAUUGGACAGCUCUAGUUACUACAUAUAUAUCUAGAAGAUUUAAGCUGCUGAUAUGCAUCACUACAGUAUACAACACUGAUUUUAUUAUUUUUGAGGUGGUGCAGCUUUUUCUCUGUAGUAAAUCAAGUUACUAAUUAAUGGAUUAACCUAUAAACUAACAAGCACUUGGAGCUGGGGCGUUCAGGAAUCGACCAGAAUUAACAUUUGUCAUCUUUUUGUGGUUAGGUGAGAAUAAAUAAAUGAAGGACGGCUGGUAUUGUCUUUCCUGGGCUUACUGAUGCUUAAAGUGACUGUACUGUAAAAUAAAACAAUAAAAACAAAGACAGACUGAU